GCGCGGGUGUUAGGUUAGCGCGAGGCGUGACCUAGUUGACAGGCGCUGAGGUGCUGCUUUGGCGGCGGCCGCGGGGCUGAGGCGGGUGGGAGCCGAAGCGGAGCGCGGGCUGAGAGAAGCGACUGGCGAGCGGCGCGGGACUCGGAGCCUCUUGCACUUUUUUCCUCCCGAGUGUCCCCUCCCACCCCUCCCACUCCACACACACCCUGUUUGCCCGUGAGCCUGGGGAACUUGCAGCUUAAAGCCAGCCACCCCCACGGCAACAUGUACCCCAGCAACAAGAAGAAAAAGGUGUGGAGAGAGGAGAAAGAACGUUUACUGAAGAUGACCUUAGAGGAGAGACGCAAAGAAUACAUGAGGGACUAUGUUCCCCUGAACACCAUCCUAUCGUGGAAGGAAGAGAUGAAGGGCAAGAGCCAAAAUGAUGAAGAAAAUACUCAGGAAACAUCACAGGUGAAGAAAAGUUUGAGUGAAAAAGUUUCUCUCUAUAGAGGUGACAUCACAUUGCUAGAGGUAGAUGCUAUAGUCAAUGCGGCAAAUGCCAGUCUUCUUGGAGGAGGAGGUGUGGAUGGCUGUAUUCACCGAGCAGCUGGCCCCUGUUUACUGGCAGAAUGUCGUAACCUGAACGGCUGUGAAACUGGACAUGCAAAAAUCACAUGUGGCUAUGACCUGCCGGCAAAAUAUGUCAUCCACACUGUAGGACCAAUAGCCAGAGGCCAUAUUAAUGGUUCCCACAAGGAAGACCUUGCAAAUUGCUAUAAAUCAUCUCUGAAGCUGGUGAAAGAAAAUAACAUCCGAUCAGUUGCAUUUCCCUGCAUCUCAACCGGCAUUUAUGGAUUCCCGAAUGAGCCUGCUUCCAUUGUUGCCCUCAGCACCAUUAAGGAAUGGCUGGCCAAGAAUCAUCACGAGGUGGACCGGAUCAUCUUCUGUGUCUUCUUAGAAGUUGACUUUAAAAUCUACAGAAAGAAAAUGGGCGAGUUUUUCCCUGCAGAUGAUAAUAAUGAAGAAGAUGUUAACGUGAAAGAAGAUUCAGAGGUGUUAGAGCCAAAAGGCCUCUCUCCACCCCACAAGAAGAGCAAAGCAAAGAAGCCAGAGGGUUCCAAAGACUCUAGCGAAGAUGAGAACAGUCCAGAGGAAAAACAAAGCACAGAAGAAACGGAAGGGCAGAGCCAAGAAGCAGAUGGUGUCGAUGUUGCAACUGUGCCCAGCCCCGCUUCAGAAGAGGCCACUGAAGUCUGUAAAGAUGAAGAUUCUGCAAAGGACAAUAGUAUUACAAAAGACAAUGAAGUAACAGAUCGUUCUGUGUGUGACCAAGAUCAUCCCAAUGGACAAGAGCAUGACUCAGCGAAGAAUGAGAUAAAAAUUGAGGCAGAGUCCCAGAGCUCACAUAUGGAAACUGAAGAGCUUUCACCAAACCAAGAUGAUGCCACGACUGUUGAGCAACCAGAAGUGAUCCUGCUAACAGAUGACCAAGAGGAAAAAGAAGGUGAAAAAGCUCAAGACGAGGACACACCUAGAGUUCCUGUGCAAAACGAAGGCUCUGGCUACACAGAAAACUCUCCGAGUCCUGAUGUUGAAAUGAAUAGUCAGGUUGACAGUGUAAAUGACCCAACAGAGAGUCAGCAAGAAGAUUAACUGAUAGGGGCACAAGAUGAAGCAAAGGAACAACGAAAUGGAAGUAAAUCACAGUCCUCAGCAUCGCAGGCCUCUCCUGGCCCUGGGGGGGGGGGGGGGGGGAGUGGGUGUAGGAAGACAGUAGUGCUAGCUGUGGAGGAGGGAGGUGUGGGCAGGGCACGUCCCAGGGAAGGGCCUAGAAUCCUUUGCUCUAAUUUCUCCAGCUGCAUUUUGUUCUGUUCACCUGCAGAAAAAGAAAGAAAAAAAAAAAAAAAGAAAAAAGAAAAAGAAAAAAAAAGUUUCCUUUAAUUUAGUGACGGGACCCAUGUUAAUGCAUCUUUCAGGCGCUAUCCCUGUAAUUUCUGUUUUUUCUCUCAUGACCUUUCCCAGGGUCACAGUGGCACGGUGUAACCCUCACAUGUGUAUCCUGGCCCCUGUCUGCUUUCUUGAUUAUUUCACAAAGCUGGUCGAUACUGUGGUUUCUUCAAAGAAAGAGAAGAUUAUUGAUAAACAGCAAGCUAAAUUUCAGGUGUCGUCGAGCCCGAUAUCAGAAUAAUCCACAGACAAAGGAGGCAGGGUAGAAAAUGGGCAAAAUGCUCAGAAAUCACUUGGAAAAGGGUCAGGGCGAUGAAUUGAAAAUGAUAUUUUAUUCAGGGAUUCCCAAGAUACAAUUCUGUUCCAUGUGGUUAAUGAGGAAUGUGGAAGCAGGAUUUAAUCCACAGCAGAGUGCAGAGACAUAACAACAAAGGCAGACCCUGGCAGCCAUCAGAGUCUUUUCCUUAGUAGCCAGGAUAGCAGGUCCAUGUUUGACCCUGACUUUCAGCAAGGCUCACCUAGGUCAUGAGGUCUUUAUUGUGUGCUUCAACAUAGAGCCCACUAGUGAGACUCUUUGUGACACGGUUGUAAGGGUUGACACUUUUCUAAGUGUUUCAGUUAAGAGAAAGGGCUCCUGCAUUCAGAACCCAAAUGUAUGCCAAUAAAUAUUAAAAGUCCUACUUGAAAUUUCUCCUUCUACAUAUGCUUUUCAUAAAAGAACUUCUUGUCUUUACCCAAGGUUUGACUGCCCGCAGAAAGAUGCUCAUUGAAGUCAGAGGCAGUUUGAGGUCUUGCUUGCAGUUCUGGCUUACUUCUGAAUGGUCUGGUUUGUUCAUGCCAAAUCCAAAACUACUUUGAUGGCCCAUCCCCUCUCCCAGAAAUCCCUCAAUUAUGGCCUUGAAGGGGAACAGCAGUAUCAAUAAGGCAAGAUUCCUGGGGUACAGUGGGCACAAGGGAUGAGGAGCCCAGGAGGAAAUCAGAAGUUGUCACAAAUGUCUAUCCCAGAGCCAACAUGCAUAGCGACCCUCAUGAGGCAAAAUGGCCUGCUUCCAAUAGCCUUCCUGGGUUCUAAGAACAAUCUAUUUUUUUCUGAGGAAACUAAUAUAACUUCUCACACAUCUUCUUAAAUUCAUCCUCCUUAUAAGAUCUUUAAAAUUCUAAGAUAUACAUAGAGAGAAAGGGAGAAAAGUAAUGGAUCAAAUUGAAUAUUUCUAAAAUAAAAGGGUGUUCUGUUUUCUAAAUAUUCCAUGGAGUUCUUCAGUUUUGAUCUUUCCUCUAUGGAAAAUUUACCUUCUUAUCUUUCUAUCAAUUUUCUUUUGGCCUUUCUGAAUUUGUUGUGCAUUUGGAUGGCUUAUUUGGUAUAUUGGGAUAAUUAGCAAGUUAUAUUUCUGCAUAUGUAACAUGUUCUAACAUCCUGUAUUUUUAAAAACGGAGCUGCUUAUCAGCCUAGCAGGAAUAAUAUUUAAGGGACCUCAUAAUUUUGGAACGUGGCUAUUUCUCCCUCUGCCAUUAUUCUACAGUUUGAUAUGGAAAUAUAUAUGCCCCUACUGCCAUUAGACAUAGCUUUCUAGAAAAGCAAGGAAAAGUCCCAUUUUAAGUAAUCCAAGAAAUGAAGCCAUAUGAAUACUGAUAGUUUCUAUAUUUCAUGUUAUCUUUAUAACUUAAUUGAAAGUCACCAUCAUUCUUGUAAAGGACUUGACAAGUGUGUAUGCUAGGAGCGCAUUGUCCUAUGACUCAAAUGUUAGUGCUACUCAUAUUCAGUAAUGAGUUAUGACUGAAAACAGCAUGAAGGAGACAAGAGGGAUGGGGACUUCUCAAUGGACAAAGAUAAAAGCGACUUAAUGUCCCUGUUAGGAACAGUGGAGAUCGAAAUUAUUUCAGUCGGAGUGUUCUCUUUAUCAUCAGUGACAGCCAUUUUAUUCAUUCAUUUUUAAAUGUGGGUUGGGUAGGAGGCAGUUGAGUUCUCUGCCUGAAAACUGCAGGAAAAGGAAAGUAAUCUUUGAGAAGGAAACUAAGAGAAUGAGGAGUAAAUAUCAUCAGCCCCAUUCCUGAAUUUGUUUCAACCUUAUCUUCUGAUUAAAUUGUGUUUCCAUCUUUGCCUCGUUAUGCCCUUUGGUUGCUAUUUGGCUAUAAGAUUUUACACUUUAAAACAAUGAAGUUACUUUCCAUUUCAAUAGUAAAAUAUUAAAAACUUUAGCUGUUGGCCAGAUCGAAGACACCUCAACACAGGGAACCUUUUUUUCGCUGGUGCUGUCAUUGAACAGGCUAUACAACGGAAAAUUCAAAAGGCUGGUUGAUUCUCCUGCACAUGAACCCUGGGUGUAAAUUUCCAGCCACACUUCCGCCAGGUUAUGUGUCAUGAUGAGUUACAGGAGGGAGAGGGGGAGAAAAAUAGCCCCAUAUUAGUCAUGUUUGCAUAUAGAGGAUCAAAGUGGGCUUUCAACAUAAUAUAGGUAUCCCUGCCUUUUUGAAAUCACAUUAUCCACUUUGCUUUUAUGAAAGGCCUACAUAAAGGCCUGCCUGCUACCAUGAACCUAAAGAAAUCCAAAGAGGGUUUUUGCUUUUAUGAAAAAUAGAAGCAGUGAGAGUGGCACCGCCCAGCUCCUUCCCUGGGAACUACACUCCGCAUCUCAGCAUCAAGCCGCCAUAGCUUUGAAUUGCGUCUGUGAGCAUCUGUACUUUACCUCAUUUUAUUUUGUAUCUGUUAGCAAGAUGUGCCCUAUGGUAUCAGAAAAGGGCCUGGGAAGGCUCAAAAAUGUUUCCAUAUAAAUUAAUAGUACUUGUUUCUUUGCUUUACAUCAUUUCGGCUUAAGGAAGCUUUCAGAGGAACACUACUUUCAGAUAGCAGGGGAAACCUAUAGUUCUAAUUAGAAAGGUAGUCCAUUUUAGGAGAGACAAAGGGGCUUUUCCUCUAGCUGGUAACUAUUCAGAUGAUGGACAAACCUUCUUUCAUAAAAGCUUACAAAGGAGGCAUCCCAAAUACUGUCUGUGAUACUGGGUCACAUAUUAGUCACCGCAGCUAAUUGUAAAUCUUUCUAUGAAAUACUGAAAAGCCUCUUUGUGAAUUAAUACAGUUCUGCUUGAUGCACUUGAUUUGAAAUGACUUUUCUCUGUAUGUGGUGCAUGUCAGCUUUGCUUUGAAAAAUAACAAAGUUAGCAGAAUAUGUUCAAUAUAUUUUCUUGGGGAAUAGGGUUUUUAUCAUAUGAUUCAUUAAGGAUUUGCCUUACCCUGACAUUUGUGAUAUAAAGGAAAAUCAGAAAAAAAAGUAAUUUUCUUGAUCAAGAUAUGUUUUUACUUACUGCAAAUAAAUGUAGUCUGUUGCUUGCAAGGAAAAAAAAAAUGUCUUCUGAUACCUGGUAUAAACUGCUAAAUAGAAUAAUACGUGCCUCUUUUGUUAAACCAGCAUUUAAAUGCUGAACUGCUUCUAAAUCUGUUUGUUUCUUUUCAUCUGUGCCAUACACUAAGAAACUUAAACAAUUGUUGCCUUCAUACUAUAUUUGUUAGAGCAGAAUAUGAAUAAAAUUUGUUUGAGAAGAUAAGGUGCAA